AUGACUAUGUAUCACGAUUACGAUCAUCUCAUGGAUUCAGGUAAAGAUAUGUGGUCUGAUUUUUGUUUACUUGUGGAUGCUGCGGUUAUGAUCGAAGAAGAAGAACACCAACAACGUCUUCGUCUUCUUGAAAAGAAACGAGAAGAAGAAGAAGAGUCGUCCAAGAGGUUCUUCUAUGUGUUCCCGAGGAAACCUAGGUCUUCUUUGGUGAAGAGAAGGUACACACAACAACAAAACCCUAAUGGGGUUUCUUCAACGACGUCUACUUCAUCGCUUACUGAUUACGAAACGAGAAGAAACACUACACGAAACCCUAGUUUUGAUGAGCGUAUGGUGUAUGACGCAGAAGUACGUGCGAAGAAGGGGAAAUCUAAGAUUGUGUGUGAAGAUUAUGACUAUGGAGAGAGUGAUGAGGAGAAGAGACUCUUUGAGAAGAACAUGAAGAGGUUUGUAAGAAACCUACGACGAAACUUUGGUAAUAAUCUUGAUGGGUCUUCUUCGACGUCUUCCUCGUUCUUGAACCUUCGUUUUUAUGAGCCUUCGUUACUCCUAGGUUACAACACGACUAAUGAGACGAAAGAACUACCAAACCCUUGUUACCAAUCUUCGUCUCCAUCUUCAUGUGUAACGGAGAACACAAGUCGCAAGAGGCGUGCUGUGCAAGAGAGGAAGAGUGGUAAAUUCAAGAAAGCAAAGGUUGCUUUUUCCCCAAGGAGGAUGGAUACAGAGGCACCGGAUUGGAUCUUUCAGGUGAUGAGAAGAAUGAAAGCUGAUGACGAAAGGCCGAUGCUGAUCUUUCAAAGAGGUCUAACCGCGAGUGAUGUGACAUCAGGCCAGAGCCGUCUCUUAAUCCCAUUCCAGCAGCUAAUCAGAAACGACUUCUUGACGCCAGGGGAGAGUCAAGCAAUGGAGAAAGACGAAAACAACGAAAUCGAAGACGAGAAUAUCGGUGUGGGAACGAUUCUUGUGAACCAAAGAUGUGAAAAGUGGGGAUUACGUUUCAAGAUAUGGGCGAUGGAGAAGGACACUGGUCAUGGAACAUUGAAUUAUGCUUUGAACUGGGGGUGGAACGAUGUCGUCAAGGGUAACCACUUAAAAGCCAAGGACAAGAUCAGUCUUUGGACUUUCAGGUGGCGUGGAGUACUCUGCUUUGCCCUUGAGAGAUACUAA